AAGAAAUAGAAACAAAAAUAGAGGGAAAAACAGGUCGUAAUAAAAAGAAAAUCAGUUAUACAAAAGAGAAAAGUCCCGCCUGGAAUAAAACUGUAACAAUUUCAAAAAAACAAAUUCCUAUCUGAAAAGGAGUUCCACCGCCGGCAGACCAUUCUUCCCCUAAGUUGUCGGCCAAAAAUUCCUCCAAACCAACCAAAAUUAGCAAAAAAUCAAAUCUCCCAAAUUCAUGGGUUUUCGCUUUUUCUUUCAAUCCCUUCUCUUCCAGAGGAGGAAAUCUUCACCUCCCGCACACCCUGAAACCCAAAACUAUCUCCAUCCCCAGCCUGUUCUAGGGUUUCUUUGUGUCCCAAAUCUUCGCAUUUGGGAUUACUUUUUUUCCCUAGAACUUGCUUUCCUUUCCAUUCCCUUUUUAUUUCAUUUUAUUUUAUUUUUUAAUCAUCCCUUUCAGUUAAAAAAAAAGGUUAUAAUACCAGAGCUUCAUGUUCAGCUCAGGUAUCUCGGCGACUCCGAGUGUUUCUGUCAUAUGAAACAAUGGGGUUAAAAAUUUCGAAGCAGGGGCCUGCAAAGGUCGACAGCAUAAGUAUACAUAAUCAUCUGAUCAAUUAUUUAAGCAAUAGUCUUUAUAUUCGAAACUUGGUGUCUAAGCAACGGAGGCGGAUGCUCGUUGAUGGUUAUGAUCUUGACAUGUCAUAUAUCACAGAUCGUGUAUUAGCUAUGUCAUUCCCUGCAGAACGCAUGCGAGCAAUGUAUCGCAAUCCUCUUUGGCAGGUUAAGUCUGUUUUGGACAUGAGACAUCAAGACCAUUAUAAGAUCUAUAAUCUGUGUAUAGAAGAAAGGUAUGAUCCAUCUCAUUUCCAUGGUCGUGUGGAGGCAUAUCCUUUUGAUGAUAACCACGUUCCACCUCUCCAAAUGAUCAAGAUUUUUUGUGAAAGUGUAUAUUCAUGGCUAUCAUGUGACCCAAAGAACAUUGCUGUUAUACACUGCAUGGCAGGAAAAGGUCGAACAGGCUUAAUGGUAUGUGCCCACCUGGUAUAUAGUGGCAUGUCUGUGGAGGAGGCUCUUCAAUUAUAUGCUCAUAGACGAACAACCAAUAAUGAAGGAGUCUCAAUACCAAGCCAGCGCCGUUAUGUAGGUUACUGGGGAAAUGUACUUUCUUUUCCUGGUGAAGUUGGUCAUGGACCUCCAGUUGUAAAUUUGCCUCAACCAUGUAGCAGAGAACUGCUUCGGAUUAGACUAUAUGACACAAUCAACAUUGACUCUGUUUUCUUUGUGGUCUCAGAGUUGCAAGAGGUUCCUGGUCAGCUGUACCGUCCACCAGUAGAAGUGUCCCGGAGUUGUUGCAGACGAAUUAAGAAAGGAUAUGACAGAACUGACAGUCUUCGGUACUAUCUCUCUUUCCGUAAAAAUGAUGAAGAAGGGAAGGAAUCAGAAGUAGAAAAGUCCAAUGUGGUCCAAAUGGAUACAGAAAGUUCCAUAAUAUAUCAUAAGACUUGUCUUGACUAUUGUUUUGAUAAACCUGUACAAGUUACAGGAGAUGUGCGAGUUAUAUUUUACCAGAAAAUGAUUGGAGGGCGUCUCUUCUACACCUGCUUCAACACAGCUUUCAUUACGAACAGCUUACUGCAGCUGGGUAUUCGAGAUUUGGAUAAAGUUGGGAAGAAAGGAAAAUCUAUAUGUGGCCCUGCCUUCUGCCUGGAGUUAUUAUUUGGUCCUGCUAAUGCAAAGCACUCGUCAACUCCUUCAGAUUGUGAUUCUAACACUGAUGAAUGGUUGUCUAGUCCUAAAGAUAUCUAACUUAGAGGUUCAAUUGGAUCUUUUACAACUUUUAAUUACAAAACAAAUAAAAAAAAAAAACCUCUAAUUUUUAAUAAAUCCCUGCAGGGUUACAAUUUAUAGCAGAAUAUAAAGUUUGAUCCUUCAGCCGUCUUGCCGCCUUAUGUUUUCAGCGGCGGGAGGCGCUAGGCAAUAUGUUUUAAUAGUUUUGUAUUUAUAGGAUCAUUUUUGCAGUUGAUGAGAAUUCUAGUUUCAUUUUUUUC